AUGAAUCUGGUGGGUUUACGAGUAGUACGAGGACCAGACUGGGACCAUGGAGAUAUAGAUGGUGGUAAUGGAUAUCUUGGUACUUUAGUUAAUAUUUGCCCUAACAAGACUGCCCAGGUUGUAUGGGAUAAUGGUCAGCAAUGUAACUGUAGAAUUUUGGAAAAUGGUCCACAUGAUUUGAAGAUUUACGAUAGCGGACCAGUGGGUAUUAAUCACAUUCGCUAUACAUGCUCGACGUGUAGACAAAAAGUUAUAUUUGGUAUGAGAUGGCAAUGUCAACUGUGUAAUGAUGUUAGUUUAUGUCCGGUCUGUUACGUCACAAAUGAACAUAACAUCAACCAUCCUUUCAUUAGAUAUGAUACACCACAGUUACAAGGAGUAAAUAUACCAGAACGAUGUGGCAGUAUUUCGUGUCCUACCAUGGGGAUAUUUCCUGGUGCCACAGUUAAUAGGGGGCGAGACUGGAUGCAAAACGACCUGAACGGGGGAAACGGUGCAACUGGUAAAGUGCUAUCCAUCAACAAUGAUGAAGAGUCUCUUACAGUUAGAAACAUGGUGUGCGUUAAAUGGAGUGUCACUGAUCAAACAGAUCAAACAUGUUUUUAUCGACUAGGUGGUAUUAGUGGCAAGGUAGAUUUGAUGUUCAAGGUAGCAUCUAAUGGACUACCUUACUACCCAGACCAUUUUCCAGAUUGUGGUAAG